AUGAGGGAUGAAAUAGCAGCCACCGUCGUCUUCAUCACCCGCCUGGCCAAAAAACACAGCAAGCUGAAUAAGCGGCAGAUGGAAAGGCUUGCCUCCACACUGACAACGAUUCUCUUCGAGAGGUAUAAAAACCACUGGUAUCUCGACAACCCCACCAAAGGACAAGGCUUCCGGUGCAUCCGGCUAAACCACUCCCAGGCAAAGGAUCCUCUGCUGGAGCAGGCAUGCGUCGAGAGCGGCGUGGACUUCCACAGCCUGGGUCUGCCCAAAGAGAUGACUAUCUGGAUUGACCCGUUUGAUGUCUGUUGCAGAUGCGGCGAGAAAAACCCAGCUUUCACCGUGGCUCACUUCACAGGCCAAGAGAAUGACCACGACAUCUCUCAGGGCAUCCGGCAGGCGGUGGAAAAGGCCUCCUCCGAUCACUACUCCGGCACCUCUUCUGAUGAAGACAGCAUCACUGUGGAGCCCAAAAACAUUCCGACCAUUAGCAACCCCAACAGCAUCUACCAGUGCAAUGACCUGUUCCCACUCUGGUCUCAGUAUUCUCGCCGAAGAUGUUAUGUUCCUGAUGGGGUCCAACCAAAUCCCUCUGCUGCUUACUCGUACCUCCAGUACAAAGGCUACAAAGCCUGUCACCCCUCACUGCCGUUCAGCUGCCCGCGAGUGGACAGGUAUCACUGGGUCAGUUCCAGUCGAUAA